AUGGCUGACGGCAUGCUGACGGACAAUAGUUUACUUUUAUUUUAAAGAGUAAAGUUAAAUUAACUAAUAGUAAUAGCAUAAGUACGUAGACCAAACCAAAAACAAAUAUUGUCGUGUGGACCUUUGGUGUAACAUGUCUCCUUCUAUUUUUAUAUGUUUGACUAUUUUGGUAUUGUUUACUUCGUGCAAUGGUAAAUCACUAUUAUCAAUUGAGAAAAUAUAUUUAAAAGGUGUGCAAGCGUAUACUGGCGAGAGAUGGAGUGAGUGCAUAUCGAAGUUUGAAGAAUCUCUACAUCUGUAUAAACUUUACAAUUCUAUCUUUAUAAACUGUGGAGUGAAAUGCAAGACUCAAGCAAAACACUCACAAAUUGAACCCAACUUUAAUGAAUUACAAGUUUUCGAAUCAUAUUUAAAUGAAAGAUAUUGUUUAAUUAACUGCAGAGAUAAAGAACUUGAAGCAGUUCGCAUAAACAGUAAUGUAAAGGAUACAAUAUUACAAGAUUUUCAAUCACGAAAGCCUUAUGGAUACUUACAUGUAUGCUACUUCCAAAUGAAUGCACUGCAGAAAGCGGCAUCAGCUGCCUAUACCUAUUUCCAAGCUCAUAAUACGGACGAUGUGAUGAAGAAUAAUGUCAAGUUUUACAUUGGACUGCCUGAAGUGAGUCUGAAUGAAGUGGUUGACUUGGAAAGUGAAGAUUUUGAGGUCUUGCACAAAGUUGGGUUGGAGUCUUAUGAGCAGAAAAAAUGGGGGGAAACAAUCAUGGCCAUGGAAGAAGUCAUAGCAGAUUAUUUGGCCUGGGAAAUGGGUUGCCGUGUGGCCUGUGAGCAUCUAUCGGAGCAAGAAUGGUCACCAGAAUUUGUCAUCUCUGUGUCAAACAACAUGCUAUCCCUGUUACAAUGCAGACAGCAAUGUCAAAACAAACUCUCAAUACUGGGUUUUAAAUCUGGUAUUGAAUUCCUCGCGGAUACCUUGAAUUUUUUGCAGAUAUCUUAUUAUCAUUCUGAUAAAUUUGAAGAAGCCGCAAUGGCUGUAGCUACUUACUUAACCUUAAUGCCUAAGGAUGAAGAUAUGCUUCAUAACAGGGCACUUUAUGGUUCCUUUAUUGAUAAAAAUGCAUUCAAUGCAAGGCCUGAUAUUGUGUAUUAUUUAAAACAUGAUUUUUAUGAAAAGGAGAUUUUGUCCCACUUUCAUCAAACAAAUACUAUUGAUACCAAUGCACAUUCUGAAGAGUUCUAGUUCUACAUUAACUUGAACAUAUGUUUUAUAGCAUUAAAGAAUAUUUAAAUGUCUCAAUGAGGGUAAAAAAAUAUUUAAGUAUAUAACCAGGGAUGGUCAAAAGGGUCCUGUGAUUAACACAAAAUAACUGUAGGAAGGGAACACACGGAAUAUCAUAAGGUAGAUUUGGUUUGCCUUUUUUGAUAUGCAACACGUCACCUUAUGAUAUUCCGUGAGUGUUCCCUUCCUAUAGGUAUUUUGUGUUAAUCACAGGACCCUUUUGACCAUCCCUGGUUAUAAGUAUCAUUUUAUAUCCAUUCUAAUUUUGUUUUUACUCUUAUGUAAAUGCUGGCCAUGUCUUUUUUUACCAGUUUCAUUAUGUAUAGUAUAAAUUAUUAUACUUAUCAGACCCAGUGCCAUAUUAAAUAGGUCAUCAAUGUCGUCAUACUUUUAUACAAUGUAGUUUAUAUAAGUAACUGUUGUUCCUACUUAUCAUAUACUGAUAAUAAUGUAGGUACUAUUAUUAUGAUAUUUAUAUUCUACAUACUGUUGGUUAAAUUAUGAAAUAACAGUUUUAAUUCAAUUUACAUAACUAGUCAUAGGUAAGUCAUGUCAAUGUGCCUUUAACAUACUGUAAUAUUAUGAACAUAGACUAAAGUAGGUACCCAAUAAUAUAUUAUGUGGCUAUUUUGUUGCAUUUAAUUUUACAAUACACUUAAGUAUACAUUUUUAUACUUGCUUUGUACAAACGAUAGUAAUAAUUAUUAUUUUCGCAAUA